CACCUCCCAUCAUUCUUUGCCCAAAAUGGCGGUCAGAUCCGAAAAAAAGUAGCGGUUUGUUCGGUGUAUGUUAUUAUAUUUCGUUAAAUCGUAACGGUGUAUAGUUCGGAAGCUUUUUUAAAAAGUCUACAUUCCAUUAGUAGUCUCUUCAUCACGUUACAACUUCAGGUUGAAUCAUGACGUCUCCACAGCUGGCCAAGUCUCAGACGUACAACUUCAUGGUCCUGAGUAAGAAUGUUCUGUCAGGAGAGGAGGCUGACUUGUUUGAGCUGUGUAACCUGGCUGGUAUCACCAUGGACCCUCACGUCUUCAAGGUGGUACUGGACCUCCUGCGGCUGAACGUGGCUCCCAUGACGAUCCUCCAAGUCCUGAAGUCCAUGGCCAACAGCUCCAUCAAGUCUCGGUCUGCCGGCGGGGACACUAGUGCUGAAGCUGCUGUCCAGUCCCACUCCCACACAUCACAUAAGGACACAUCCAACGUGUCCAGUUCCUCUGACUCCUCCAGCAGGAGUUCACAUCGCCAGCCUAGAACAAAGGCUCACAAACUCUCACACAGGGGACACAAGUCUUAGAGCAGGAGAUCCCAUUUGAGGAGCAUAAAAAAUCUCCCAAACAUAAAGGCCUGCACAUCACAUCGGCAGAACGUACUGCGCCUGCACAGAACCCUGGAUUUUCGUGUUUUUCGU